AUCAGUAACAGCACUGACUUUAGGUGGUCAGUUCAUUAUGUUUUGAGGAUGCUAUUGACGCUGUAGCUCAUGUCCUUCUUGCAGUAGGCUACAUGACUUCAACACUGACACAUGUUUCCUGUACAGUCACAGUCUCUCUCCAACACCUCCAACAUGGGCAGCCAAAGAAAAGACAGCUUCCUCUGGGGAAAAGCUUCCACAAUGCUUAGCUCAAUGGAGAGGCAGGAGAUAGACACCAUGAAGUUUCAUAAGAGUGACCUAUUAGAUGACAUUCAGAAGCUGAGGUUGGAGAUUGACAGCGUCAUGACAGAAAUCCACAACAUUGAGGCGGACGAGGAGAACAAAAAUGUUGUGAGAAACAAGAGGUUCUUAUGUGGGAAAAAGAAAUUCAACAUGGACCAUAAAAAGGGUAUUCAGUACCUGGUUGACAAUGACCUGUUGGAGUGGACAGCAGAGGCAGUGGCUGAGUUCCUAUACAAAGAGGAAGGACUGAACAAGACAGCCAUUGGGAACUUUUUAGGAGAGAGGGAGGAAAUGCACCUUCAAACUCUGAAAGCCUUUGUAGAACUACACGAGUUCUCCGACCUGAAUCUGGUGCAGGCACUGAGGCAGUUCCUGUGGAGUUUCCGUCUCCCUGGAGAAGCCCAGAAGAUUGAUAGAAUGAUGGAGGCAUUCGCUACACGCUACUGUGACUGUAAUGCAGGGGUCUUCCAGUCAACAGACACCUGCUACAUCCUGUCCUUUGCCGUCAUCAUGCUGAACACCAGUCUCCAUAACCCCAACGUGAAGGACAAGCCCACUCUGGAGCGCUUCUUCAGUAUGAACAGAGGCAUCAACAAUGGGGGUGACCUGCCCAACGACCUGCUCAUGAAACUCUAUGAGAGCAUUCGGAACGAGCCGUUCAAAAUUCCAGAGGAUGAUGGGAACGACCUCACACACACCUUCUUCAACCCAGACAGAGAGGGUUGGCUGCUCAAAAUAGGAGGAAGGGUGAAAACAUGGAAGAGGCGGUGGUUUAUUUUGACAGACAGCUGUCUGUACUACUUUGAGUAUACCACAGAUAAAGACCCCAUAGGGAUCAUUCCCCUUGAGAACCUCUGUGUAAGAGAGAUAGAAGAAUCUACCAAACAGUACUGUCUAGAGAUCUACAACCCCAGAGGGCAGAAGAUCAAGGCGUGCAAGACAGAGAACGGAGGCAGGGUGGUGGAGGGGAAACACCAGUCCUACAGGAUGAGUGCAGCCACAGCAGAUGAGAGAGAUGACUGGAUAGGCUCCAUCAGAGCAAGUAUCACCAAGGAUCCCUUCUAUGACCUGGUGUCAUUGCGCAAGAGGAAAGUCAUCAACAACAACAAUGCUUCACUUGACUGAGACAUCAGACAUGAUAUAAAGCAUCAUGGGAAUUGAGCCCGGUAAUGAUCUGUAGAGGUCCCUCUCCGUAGCAGAAAUGCUUGGAAAUGAUAGACUGGUUCAAGUAAAUAGACAUGGCACUUAACGUUACAGUGCUGUACAGUACAGCAUUAGUGCAAUACUGUAACUCAGAAUGAAAAAAGAUCAUUGUGACCUGUGUGUGGUUUAAAGCUGUCAAACCAGAAACUCCCCAUAUCUCAUACUGUAGGUCUAAUUUUAUGGUUGAAGUUAGAGUCACUCAGUCUGUUCAAUUACUAAUAGAAAGGGAUUUCUGUCAAUAUUUAUUAGAAAUAAGAAUUUAAAAGUAUGUGGGAGAGAGAUGCAAACCAAAAUAAGUGUGUAGCACUGUAAGAAUAAUGCAUCAUUCUAUAAGGACAGAUUUGAACAUGUAAUGUAUAACACAAAGUUACUAAAAUGUAGUUGUAUAUAGUUCUAGUUGAUUCUGUACCAUGAGCAUAGAACAAAGGAACUAUCAGGUAAGCAUUAUGGAAAUGCUCCACCUUUUCACCUUGCACCAGGCUCAGCGAUUUCAGUUCCUAGUAAGCCUCUGUACUACGAGCCUUUUCCUCUCCCAAGCCUAUAGAAUUCCUGUUACGUGGACACAAAACUUCAACACUGAUUCAGUGUUGCGAUGUUCUUCCAUUGUCUUCCAGGCAUUGUGUAAAUAUUUUUUUUUAAAUAUGUAUGGAUUUAUUUUUCAACUCCUAACAUACAUAUUUUGUAAAUACUGUAUUAUAAUAGAAAGUUAUUUUGCACAUUGCCUUUAAAGUACAGACAGUGAUAAUACACACGUCUGUAUACAUGCCUUAAUAAUGUUGAAUUGUCACGCCCUGACCUUAGUUAUCUGACCUUAGUUAUCUUUUCUUUAUUAUUUUGGUUAGGUCAGGUUGUGACGAGGGUGGUAUGUGUGUUUAUCUUGUCUAGGGUUUUUGUACAUCUAUUGAGUUUUGGUUUGUCUAGGUAAAUGUAGGUCUAUGGUGGCCUGAAUUGGUUCCCAAUCAGAGGCAGCUGUUUAUUGUUGUCUCUGAUUGGGGAUCCUAUUUAGGUUGCCAUUUUCCAUUUUGGUUUUGUGGGUUAUUGUCUGUGUAGUUGCAUGUCAGCAGUCGUGUGUAUAGCUUCACGUUAUGACGAAAUUGACAUGAAUAAAUAAUACAUAUUUUA